AUGGAGGAGAAGACAUCCCGUGGGGGCCGCGCAGGCGGGCGGGGCAUGAAGCUAGGUGCCGCCGCCCGGCGCAAGGAGGAGGCAGCGGCGGCGGAACCCCUGCUGCCUCCAGCCUCGCCGCCACCUCCGGCGGCAGUUCCCGACAGCAAGAAGGACGAGGAAUGGGGCGGGGACGAUGAGGAGUGGGGCAGCAGUGGGUGGGACGCGGCGGAGGCCGCCCGCGCCGCCGCAGCCGCCCCGCAGCCGCAGCUCCCCGUGUCACCGAGCGGUCGCACUAUGGAAGGCUUUGGGUCGACGUCCGCGCCCGCCGCCGGCCACAGCGGCCCCGCCGCCAGCCGCGCCGCCAGCCGUGCCGCCAGCCGCGUCAGCGCGCUGCUGGGCAGCAGCCAGGCCCGCAUGUGCCUGCUGCUGCUGGGCCUGUUUCUGGUGGUGGGCGGCGUCAGCAUGUCCAUGGCCAAGCGCAGCCGCAGCGGCACAGAGGCACUGGUCACCGCUGAGCUGCGCAGCUACAGCCACGACAGCGACGGCCACGACGGCGGCGACGGCGGCGGCGACGGCGGCGGCGACGGCGGCGGCGGCGGCGGGGACGAGGGCCCAGACAGCGAGGGCGGCACGCGCGCGGCGAGCGGCGAGGAGGACGAUUGGGACACGGGCCUGGGCGGCGGCGGUGGCGGCGGCGGCGGCGGCGGGGCCGCGAAGAGCGGCGCCUUUGGCGGCGGCGCCGCCUCGGCGGGCGCAGCGGGCAGGUUGGGCGCCUUUGGCGGCGGUACCGCCAACAAGGUGGCCUCGGUACUGGCCAGCUCCGCCUCCUCCUCCUCAUCAUCAUCAUCAUCAUCAUUCACCAAGGCAGGCAAGGCGACAACAGUAAAGCUGGAUGAUUUUGACGACCUGGAUGACGACCUGCGGGAGGACCGGGCGCGCAGCGGCGCCGGCGACAAGGGCGGCGCCUCGCGGUUUGACGGCGGGUUUGUGGAGGAUGAGGAUGAGGAGGACUUUGAGCUGAAUGGCGGCGAGGUGGAAGCGGAUGACGAGGCCGACUUUGGGGAUGGCCUCCCCUCCUCAGGCUCUGCCGCCUCCUCCACUGGCGGUACCGCCCUGGGCGCCGGCGGCGCCUCCUUCGACCAUUUUGCGGCCAUCAAGAAGGCCACCGCGGCGGUGGGCGGCGGCGAGGACCGCAGCGGGCGCAGCUGGGCGGACAACAUCGCGGCCGCCGCGGGCGCCUCCAGCACCACCGGUGCCGCCACCGCAGCCGGCGGCGGGGCGGCCUCCGGCUCUGGCACGGGCACCGGCACGGGCACGGGCACCGGCAGCUCUUCCACCACCGCCACCAUGGGAAGUACCGGCGGCGCCACCGGCACGAUCGCGGGCAGCGUGCUGGGUGCCCUGGGCGCCAGCAGCGGAGCCGACGGCGCCUCGGGCGGCGCCGCGACGGGAGCAGCCGGCGGCGGCGCCCUGGGCGGCGCUGGCGGCACGCUGGGCGCGACCGGCGGCGCUGGCAGCUCACUGGGAGCCUCUGGCGGUGCAACGGGGACUGGCGGCGCGCUGGGGUCUGCCGCCGCCACAGCAGGCACCGGCAGCGCCCAGGGCUCUGCUAGUAACUCUGCCAGCACCCUGCCCGCCACCGCUGCCUCCACCACCGGAGGCCUGGGGAGCACGCUGGGGGGCGGCGCUGCUGCGUCCGCAGCCGGCCUGACAGGUGGCCUGGCCGGCGACGCGUCUGGCGCUGCGGCGCUGGGCGGCACCGGCACCGGCACCGGCAGCCAGCCUGCCGGCCUCGCUGCGGGCGGUACAGGCUCCAGCCUUGGGUCGUCUGGCACCACGCUGGGCGGCAGCGCCGCCGCCACAGGCACUCUGGCCGGCGGCGCGUCUGGCGGCGGCGCCGACUCUGCAGGCACCGGCACCGCCUCUGUGCAGCAGCAGCUGGCGCAGCUGGGCGUGGGCAAGGACCAGGCGGGCGGCCAGGCCGCCGCUGCCUUGGGCACCGCCCUGGGCGCCGCCGGCGGCACUUCUGUCCAGCCGCGCGUUGAACCCCGGCUGCUGCCUGACCCCACAUCCCUCCCAGACGGGGCUGCCGGCGGCGGCGGCGCAGGCGCAGGCGCUGCCGCGACCUCUGCUGGUGGCGGCGCGGGCGCGGGCGGCGCGUCUCAGGCGCUGGACAUGGUGGCGCAGCUGCAGGCCAAGAUUGCGCAGCUGGAGCAGAAGCUGGCGGGGUCGGAUGCCGCCUCGGCCGCCGGUACCGCCGUGCAGCAGCAGCAGCAGCUGCCCAGCACGGCCGGCACCGCCGCUGCAGGUGCCGCCACCGGCGGCGCUGCUGGCACGGCGGCUGGCGCGGCCACCGGCACUGGAGUCGCAGGCAGCCUGCAGCAGCCGGGAACCCUUGCCACAGGCGCGGCUGCCGCCACCACCGGGGCUGCCUCGGCGGGGGCUGCCGGCGCCGCCGGGGCUGCAACCGCCGGCCGUGCCGAUGUCGAGAAGCAGCUCGACAGCCUGUCGACGGCUGCCGCCAAGGGCCCCUCUGCAAACCCUUUCAUGGUUGAGAAGAUGCUUGAGGAGGAGGAGGAGGAGGAGGAGGUGGAGCCACUGGCCUGA